AUGGGGAUUGACCCCUUCUUUUACCCCACCGGGUUACGCGGCUCGGGGCUGGGAUUUGUGGCUUUGCCUGUCAAGCUGGCAGCAGCUAUAAGCUUUCAGAUGGAAAUACUUGUAGGCUGUGAAAUGAUCAGGGAAUUUAUGCCCAAGAUCCCUCUAAUUGGUUUGGUCAAAAUCUAUUUGUAUCUUUUUCCCUCCCCCUGCUUUUCCACAGGCUUGUCUUGUUGUUACCAUGCAAAGGACAACUUAAUGUGCCGUGAUGUCUGUGAACAGAUUUUGUCUUCUAAGAGUGAUUCCCGUUUGAAGCACUUACUGCAGCGAGCACCUGAGUAUUGCCCAGAAUCAAUGGGAGAAGUGUGGGGUUGCAUAAAUUCUUCUUUGCCAGGAGUGUUGAAGAAGUCUGACGGGUGGGUUGGUUUAGGUUGCUGUGAGCUAGCUAUUGCUGUGGAAUGUCGGCAAGCAUGUAAACAGGCUUCUGCAAAGAAUGAUGUUUUAAAGGUCUGCAGGAAGGAAUACGAGAAUGCUCUCUUUAGUUGUAUUAACAGAAAUGAAAUGGGGUCAGUCUGUUGCAGUUAUGCAGGUCAUCAUACAAACUGUCGGGAAUAUUGUCAAGCAAUUUUUCGGACAGACUCUUCUCCUGGUCCUUCACAAAUUAAAGCAGUUGAAAAUUACUGUGCAUCUAUUAGCCCUCAGCUUAUACACUGUGUGAACAAUUAUACACAGUCAUAUCCAAUGAGAAAUCCUACAGAUAGUUUGUAUUGCUGUGAUAGAGCAGAAGACUAUGCGUGUCAGACUGCUUGUAAAAGAAUUCUAAUGUCAAUGAAAACAGAGCUUGAAAUUGUUGAUGGACUUAUAGAAGGCUGUAAAACAAUGCCUCUCCCUCAGGAUCCACUUUGGCAAUGUUUUCUUGAGAGUUCAAGAUCUGUUCACCCAGGAGUCACUGUGCACCCUCCACCUUCAACAGGCCUCGAUGGAGCUAAGCUCCAUUGCUGUUCUAAAGCAAAUUCUUCCACAUGUAGAGAGCUCUGCACUAAACUUUAUAGCACGAGCUGGGGCAAUUCACAGAGCUGGCAAGAAUUUGAUCGCUUUUGUGAGUAUAAUGCAGUUGAAGUUUCCAUGUUGACCUGUUUAGCAGAUGUACGAGAACCUUGUCAGCUGGGCUGUAGAAAUCUUACUUACUGCACUAAUUUUAAUAACAGACCAACAGAACUUUUUAGGAGCUGCAAUACUCAGUCAGACCAGGGAGCCAUGAAUGACAUGAAGCUAUGGGAAAAAGGGAGUAUUAAGAUGCCAUUUAUAAAUAUUCCUGUGCUUGAUAUUAAAAAAUGCCAACCAGAAAUGUGGAAGGCAAUUGCCUGCUCACUGCAAAUUAAACCUUGCCACAGCAAAUCUAGAGGAAGUAUUAUCUGCAAAUCAGAUUGUGUGGAAAUACUGAAGAAAUGUGGAGAUCAUAAUAAAUUCCCUGAAGGCCACUCAGCUGAAAGUAUUUGUGAGCUCUUAUCUCCAACAGAUGACUUGGAGAACUGUAUCCCUUUGGAUACGUACCUGAGCCCAAGUUCUUUAGGUAACAUUGUAGAAGAUGUUACACAUCCAUGUAAUCCAAAUCCAUGUGCAGCUAAUCAGUUAUGUGAAGUAAAUAGAAAAGGAUGUCAGUCUGGAGAACUGUGUCUUCCAUAUUUGUGUGUGCCAGGUUGCAAACUGGGAGAAGCCUCAGAUUUUAUUGUCCGUCAAGGUACACUGAUUCAGGUUCCAUCCUCAGCUGGUGAUGUUGGGUGUUACAAGAUUUGUACCUGUGGACACAGUGGAUUGCUAGAAAACUGCAUGGAAAUGCGUUGUGUUGACCUCCAAAAAUCAUGCAUUGUUGGAGGACAAAGAAAAAGCCAUGGAACAUCCUUUAAUAUAGAUUGUAAUGUCUGUUCAUGUUUUGCUGGAAACUUGAUAUGUUCUACGCGUCAGUGUCUAACUGAGCAUAGUUCAGAAGAUGAACGUCGGAAGUUUACAGGUUUACCAUGUAACUGUGUAGAUCAGUUUGUACCAGUAUGUGGUCAAAAUGGACGCACCUAUCCAAGUGCAUGUAUAGCUCGUUGUGUUGGGCUCCAGGACAAUCAAUUUGAAUUUGGAUCAUGCAUUUCCAAGGAUCCUUGUAACCCUAACCCUUGUAAUAAAAAUCAGAGGUGCAUACCAAAGAAACAAGUUUGCUUGACUAGUUUUGGAAAGUUUGAAUGUAGCCAGCAUGAAUGUGUGCCAAGGCAGUUAAAUUGUGACCAGACACGGGAUCCUGUUUGUGACACAGACAACAUGGAAUACAGUAACUUGUGUAGUUUGUACCAAAAAGGAAAAAGUUUAGCAUACCGAGGACCGUGCCAGCCAUUUUGCAAAUCAGCGGAACCCGUAUGUGGACAUAACGGGGAAACCUACAGCAGCGUCUGUGCUGCCUAUUCCGACCGUGUGGCUGUUGACUAUUACGGACACUGUCAGGCUGUAGGUGUUCUCUCAGACUACGGUUUUCAUACAGAGUGUGCCUUUGUUAAAUGUCCGCAGCUUUCUGCUACUGGCUGCAAACCAGUUAUUGCACCAGGAGCCUGCUGUCCACUCUGUGCUGGAAUGCUGAGAAUCUUAUAUGACAAAGACAAGCUGGAUACUUUUGCAAGGGUAACAAAUAAAAAGCCUAUAACAGUACUUGACAUACUUGAAAAAAUCCGCCUGCAUGUCUCAGUGCCACAGUGUGAUGUGUUUGGAUACUUAAGCAUAGAAUCUGAAAUUGUGAUUCUCAUCAUUCCUGUGGAUCAGAACCCCAAACCGUUGCAGAUUGAAGCCUGCAAUAAAGAAGCAGAAAAGAUAGAGUCACUGAUAAAUUCAGACAGUCCAACACUAGCAUCACACGUACCGCUGUCAGCUCUAAUUGCAUCUCAAGUACAAGUUUCGUUUAGUAUUUCUUCUUCUUCUCUUAAAGUGGUGCCUGUUCUGCACUCCCUGUUCAUAAGCCUUUUAUUCACCUUGUCAGGAUUAAUAUAUUCUAUCUAACUGCUUAGAAAAUACGCAUGAGUAUUGCGGUGUUUUAUAUUGUGAAGGACAUAUAGAAUUGUUGAUCACUGAAUCGGAAAACAAAAAUUGUAGAAGAUUUGAUCAACUAAUAUUUUUCAAUGAAGAACUAAAAGUAUUUGGAAUAAUGUGAAAAGAAGAUUCUUUUAUUCAUUACUAGUCAGAUGACUGUUUCAGCACAAUUAGAUUGUUUUCCAUUGAUCUUGGAAACACAAAAAUACUCUGGAAGGUUCUGACAUUAUGGAUUUAU